AUUGUUUCUCUUUUUUAUUUUACCUUUAGGGCACUUUAAUGUUGAACAAUGUUCCUGAAGAAAUUGUCUUGAACUGUGAUGCUGUUCCGGUUGACAUAGAAAACGAGAGAAAUGAUGUUAAUGUCGGGGAGCCUGCCUCUGGGGCGGCCACCACUUGUUUAACCCAAACUUUAACUGAAGGAGUGGUUGAUGGAAGGGUUAGGGAAUUUGGGAAGGAUAUUGUGUUGACUGAUGGGGUUGAUGAGUUUGGGAAAGAAAGCAAAAUUGAGAGUGUGAAAAGUAAAGGAUGAUUUGGAAGCUGAUAUUGGGUCUUGUGGUGAAGAGUUCGAUGACAGAGGUAGUGCUGGGUUGUGUUCGGCUGGGAUUUCUUUGUUGGAGGUUCAUGGAGGAUUGAGCGGCAAGAAAUUAGUGGAAGCUGAGCAAAUGGCUGUCGGGUCUUCUGGGGGGGUAACCAAAGACCUUAAUGUUAACGCCUCUCCUCAAUCUGGUGAUGGGAAGCCUCUUUCUUCAGCUGAUCAAAACUCUUUGCCUUGUGAUGACCAGAAAAUGAGUUCAAAGGAAGGAUCUUCCGAUGGAUUAGAAAGUUUUGAUGUGGAAAUUGGAACACCCGAUGAUACCAAAAAAAAUCAAACUACCGUGAUCCAAGGUGAAAGGGAUUUGCAGAAUGCAGAAAACUUGAAUCAAUCUACAAGCUCCUCUGAGGAUGGAUCAUCUGAUGUCAAUGUAAAAUCUGAAUUUUGCGUCUCUGAUUUAGUCUCGGGUAAAGUACAGAGUCAUCCAUGGUGGCCGGGUCAGAUAUUUGAUAGUUCAGCUGCUACAGUGAAGGCAAAGAAGUAUUUGAAAAAGGAAAGUUAUUUGAUUGCAUACUAUGGUGAUCAGACAUUUGCUUGAAAUGAGGCAUCUUGGAUCAAGCCCUUUAGGUCGCAUUUUUCACAUAUGGAAAAGCAGAACAAUAUGAAAGAGUUUCACCAUGCUGUGGAUUGCGCUUUGGAUGAGGUUUCUAGACGGGUAGAGUUUGGUCUGGUCUGUUCAUGCAUUUCCAAGGAAGCUUAUUCCCAGAUUAAAACUGAGAAUUGUUAAUGCUGGGAUCCGGGAGGAAUCUAGCAGUCGAGAUGGUGGGGAUAGGUUUUCAAGUGCUUCUUCCGUUGACCCCUUGGAACUUUUUGAAAAUAUGAAAACAUUGGCUCUUUCACCUUCUUAUACCGACAUUGAUAGACUGCAAUUCACAAUAUCACAGGCACAAUUGUUAGCAUUCCAUCGCUGGAAGGGUUACUCUAAGCUACCCGAGUUUCAAAAUCUUUGUGGAUUGUUGGAGACUGAUGCUGAAAUCUUUCUGUCCGAGGAAGUGAAGGAAUAUAGCAAGCUGAUUGAAAAUGUUCCUAGUGUCAAAGUUGACAAAAGGGUGUACUCUGAAGAAGAGAAGCCAGAGAACCACGAUGGCUCUUCUUGUAAACAAAAGAAAAACCAUGCAGUUUCUGGGGAAAAAGAAGAAGAGAAAAGUUGUCAGAGUUUAUAGCCGAAAGGCGCUUGAGUUUGCAAAAUGUUAAAAGGAAAUUGAAUAAAAAAGGCGAUGAUAUGUUAAUGCCUUCAUCCCCUGUUAAAAAGCUAAAGGCUGUUGACCCUGUGCGUGAUGACAUGGCAGUGAAACAGAACAAGAGUAAUGUUCCAGCAGCGUCUGUUGAUGAGCCUCCACAGUCUAAGCAAACUUUCAGAGUUGGAGCUAGCAUUCUUAGGGUUGCAAUUCAACUGAAUUGUUAAAUCUUUUCGUCGCCAUUACUAAAGCAUUCGGUUGGGAAAUCUCCAAAGGCUGCAGUUGAUAAUAAAAGUAGAGGAAAAUCUUCUUCUGCUAAAUUAAGAGGAAAGAAGGUUUCUCAAACAGGUAUUUCCUCUCCUGAUGAUAUGCUCUAACAGCUUCGCUUGGCUGCCACAGAUCCCUUGAAAGGGUACAAUUUCUUAUCCUCCAUAGUUUUUUUCUUUACUGAGUUGAGGAAUUCACUUGCUAUGGAUCUUAACAACUCUGAAAUGUCUGAACAAUCUUUGGAACAAGGAACUGAUGCCAUAAUGGAGGAGAAAUCAACCAAAUUCACCUCAAUCAAAGACUCGUCUUCUUCUGAAAGGAUAAUCCAACGCCUUCCUGAAGAGCUGUUAACAGUUGACAAGAAGGACCAAACCACAGAGAAGGGUCUUUUGGUUGUUGAAUCACAGUUAGGUGCUAAAGCAUCUGCCAAUGUGAAUUCUGAACAUAAACAUGCGGCCGUAGAUGAAAAUCUUGGAAUGGAAGCUGAGAAGCAGAUAGCAGAGGAUCAAUCUCCAACUUCUCUGAUUCUGAAAUUUUCAGACAUAGAUUCAUCUCCAUCAGUGGAAGAACUGAAUAAGGUAUUUAGCCUCUAUGGUCCUUUGGUUACACAAGGGACUGAAGUGUUCAAAAAGAGCAUCCAGGCCAAGGUAGUUUUUAAAAGACGAACAGAUGCAGGAACAGCUUUCAGCAGUUUUGGAAAAUACAGCAUAUUCAGACCAUCACUCGAUAGUUACCGCCUCAAGCGAUUGGCUUCUGCACCAACUAAAGCUUUGCAAGGUGGUCGUAAGAAGAGGAAAGUGUUGGAUGAAACAUGUGGAGAUUAAAACGCUACUUUUGAUGCCCAGAGGUUAGGUUAGGUAUUCACAGAGAUAUGUUUGAACUUGUAAAUGCUUUUGUUUUAUGAGGUUAUUAUACAUGCAGGUUGUAUUAGGUGAAAAUGAAGGGGGUCAAACAGUGGGCAUAGCUAUCAAAUUCCUAGUGAAAGUGGGUUAAUUUAUAUG